UAUAUGUGUGUGUGUGUGUGUGUGUGUGUGUGUGUGUGUGUGUGUGUGUGUGUGUAUGUGUGUGUGUGUGUGUGUGUGUGUGUGUGUGUGUGUGCUGUCAUUGAGAAUUCCUGCACUAGAUGAACAGGACACUUGGAGCGUGUAACUCGGUGCUGCUCGGCAGGGAUGAUGGCGGCGCCUCGAGUGCAGGGCCAGAGCGCAUUACAGCCUGAAACACUGCAGGGAAAGAACAGACGCAGCCUGGACACGGCAGCGGAUCUGAUGCGCUUUACGGAUCUUGAUGAAAAUAUUGGAGACCGAUUUGACUUCAGAUCUGUAGAGGAACUGGUCGCCGACUUCGACAUGAAGUUAAAAGCGUGCUUUGGGAAUUUCGACGCUAAAGCCGAACUUAUAGAUGGCGUGAAUCCUCUAACAGAGGACACUGUGUUAAAAAACGACGAGAUCUGGAACGCUCUGACUAAUAAUUAUGGAAAUGUCAUGCCAGUGGAUUGGGAUCAGUCUCGCACCCGCUCACUUCAGCUCCCAGUGCUGCACAUUGAGGACAGGCCAGUUGAUGAUGUGAAUCUGGAUGUGUCUGAUGAUGAGGAUCUGAGGGAACAAAUGGACAUGCACUCCAUCAUUGUGUCCUGUAUUAAUGAUGAGCCUUUCCUUACUGCAGAGCAGGUGAUUGAGGAGAUAGAGGAGAUGAUGCAGGAUUCUCCAGAGCAGAACCCUACUGAGAAAAACCUGAUACACAGAUCCAAAGGUCACGAAUUUGAGGAGAGAGUAAGGACUCUUAGAGUUGCAGAGCUGAGUGAGUUAUUGGAGGAGGUGGAGACGGCGAUCCGCCACUAUUCUGAGGAGCUUGUGCGGCAACUGGCUCUUAGAGAUGAGCUCGACUUUGAGAAGGAAGUGAUGAACAGUUUCAUCUCUGUGCUGAUAGAUGUACAGAACCUUCAGAAAGAGCACAAAGAACUUCUGAAAAAGAAGAGGAAAGUAAAGAAUGGAGUCAGAGAGCAGAACAGCAGACUUCACAGAUUGUCCACAACUCGCUUCAGCAUGGAGAGCAUCUCUACUGCUAUUCAAAAUGGCUUUCGCCAAACAUUUGGGAAUAUUGGAGAGGAAAAACAGUACCUCACUACAGUCAUUCCUUAUGAGAAGAAAGAUGCACCUCCCUCAGUUGAAGAUCUUCAGGUUCUCACAAAAAUUCUUCAAGCCAUGAAGGAUGACAGUGACAAAGUGCCUAGUCUUUUGACAGACUACAUCCUUAAAGUGCUUUGCCCUUCCGAAUAGAGGAGUUGAAGAAUGUGUUGAUAAAAGACUGAAUUUCCAGAAUGUGAAGGAUUUCCAGAUGGAUGACUUCCCCCAUUUACAUAAUGUAGUAUAACGCAUAUGUAUAAUGCAGUUUCUUUUGUCCCAUUGCUUAAAUCUCUUUAAGUAUGUCUCCAUUUGAUACAUCUUCACUGUAUAUGAAGGGAAAACUUUAACUUAUUGAAUUUUAUGUAAGGCUACAUGCUGUAUUAUGGAGAGUUCAGCUUAAACAAAACUCUAAAAUGUUUUUUUUGUUCAAUGAAAGUGCUCUUACAACCACCCUUUGCAACAAAGGCUUGUUUCAUCUUAGUCCUGAUGUAUAAACAGUGCAUACAGUAUGAUUUCUUGAGCCAGCCUGUGUGUGUGUGUGUGUCUUGAGCCUGCCUGUGUGUGUGUGUGUGUGUGUGUGUGUGUGUGUGUGUGUGUGUGUGUGUGUGUGUGUGUGUGUGUGUGUGUGUGUGUAUAUGUGUGUAUGUGUUUGACACUGCCUUGGAGUUCUCCUAAGGAGUGUUUUAGUUCCAAUCCCAAGGGUUGAUAAGUUUUUAUUUAUCCUGAAAACAUAUUAAAUUAGGUUAGGUUACUGUUCUCAAAUGACAUGGUAAAUCAAAAAAUCAAAAAUUAUUUUCAAACGUUUUAGGCAGCUGUUAAUAUUUUAUGUUAAGAUCUUAACGUCUUAAUGUAAAACUGAUACUUACAAGUUGUUGCGGAGUGACACGGUGUAGUAGCGUGUUCGAUAGCCACGUGACAGCUCCAGGGUCCAGUGUUCAGUUUACUGUGCAGUGUUUCACAUGUUUCCUCUCAGUUUCCUCCCUCCACAAGAAAUUUGUCAGUAGGUUAAUUGGCUACUCUAAAAGCAGUAAUAAACUGUUGUCCCAUCCAGCAUGUAUUCAGAUGCACAAUGUUCCCAGACUAGGCUCCGUGUUGACCAGGAAAAAGAAAAAUAUUAGCAGAAUUAUUUUCUCUAUACUUUUUACUGUGUUUGUUUUUAUGCUGGCUUGAUUACAGUUUGUGGUAAAAUAAGCUUAUAUAAUGUUUCUACUUUUAUGUAUUUUUUAAUCUAUUUGUCAUUUAUUUAGGUGAUUAUUAUUGCUAUGCAAGAUGUACCUAUUAAUUUAUACUUUCUGGCUUUUAAUAUGGAUUCCAGCAAAAAGAUUAAAACAAAUGAAAAAUGAAUCCUAAACCCAAAAUGUAUUGUGCUUCUUUCAAUAUGUUGCAUUCUAUUUAACCUUUACAGAAACAUAAUAUAAUAACUGUAUAGACUCACAUGAGGAACAUGAAAGGAACCUCUCUCCAGGAAGACUAGCUUUGUGUACUGCAUGUGAUUAUUUUUGACUCAGUGUAUAUGGAGCUUUUUGUAUAUUGCGGCUUCUUUUAUUUAUGUCCCCAUGAGCAAUGCUUGUUUUUAGUGGUUUCCUACUGUUUGCCUUUACUUUCUCUUUUUUUCCUUCUUUUGCUUAAAUUUUUUUUAACCAUGUCCUAUUUUCAGCAUUUUGUUUUGGAGCUCAAAAAAUGGGUCGUUUUGUAAGCGGCUCUUGUCUCAACAACACUUUGGAAUGUAGCUACAAUCUAGACCACUUUGCUGAUUUAUGAUACUCCCAAGUAAUGUGAAGGU